CUCUACUAUCAUCUUGUCCCACGCUCAACAUAACACCAUUGCCUACUUCAUUAACGACUAUCUCCCCUCAACCCAACUCCGUACCCAGGCUGUCCUAUUACUACCUUCAGCCUUAUCCUCCCGUGCCUUCUAACCUGCCACCACCACCUUUGCCCACGGUCCAGUGACUGCGGCAGCGAUACCGCCCUUUUCGCCACCAAUGUUCCUACCUAUUUCACUCCAUUUUCGACGAUAACCCACCCUCUAUUCCAUGUCAUCAGACACGACAAUGUCUCUGACAUCAAAUUCCCGUCCUGGACGGCGGCGUGUCAAUGUCCUUCUCUACCUCACCGACAAAAUUGGUCCAGAAGUCCUCCCAUAUCUCAUCCAGAAUCCUGAUGUCAAUCUGCGCGUUGUCUCUGAGAGUUCUAAGCUUGACUUCCAACGACAUGUCAGCCCUUUAGUCAACCUCGACGACGUUCAGUGGUAUGAGAAUACUCCUCAAGACCCUUAUCGAAACCAAGCAAAGAUGCUAGGGCACAGACUCGCCAGGUGGUCAGACUUACUUUGCGCCGUUAUGGAUGCUGGCAUGAUUUCUCUCAUGCUCGCUGGCUUCACCUCCGAUGUCAUCCUCCAUGUCCUCCGCUGCUGGGACGUUUCCAAGAGAAUCACCCUCUUGCCUGAACUAAGCGUCGAUCAAUGGAAUCACCCCAUGUGGAAAAAGCAACUAUCCAAGAUCCAUCGUAAAUGGGACUGGGUCCAUGUCUUGACCCCAGCCCUGUGGACUUAUGCAGACGACCCAUACAAUCAUUCUCAACCAGGCCCAAAUCCUCUUGGCCCUGAAGCCGACCUCGAGAUCCAGUGGCAGUGGGAUGGUCCAGAGGAGAUCCUCGAGUCCAUCCAAACCGAAGCCCAGACCGUCCUCCGCUCUUCUCGCCCGAAACCCUUCUCAUCCAUUCCUCACCUGUCCCCCGUCAAUUCGGAAUCUUCCAAACCUCGCCUUCCCAUCGAGAUCUGGACCAUGAUCCUCGAUCACCUCGGCGACUGGGAGUUGGCCACCGCCCUGGGCAUCUUCACUCACAUCCCCGUUCCUCACGAGUGGCGACCCUUAAUUCCUUCUUCCCUCUCCACUCGCCGCUCCCUCGAAUACACCAUUCUCACCCAGCCCAUCUCCCAAUUCAAAACCUGGUUCACCGCCAACACUACUACCCAACCACCAACAACUCUCUCUCAAACCGCCACCAGACUCAUCUUUCGCUUCAGCAUGACUGAAUUCCUCACCUAUCUGGCAAUGCACCAGAAAGACAUUUUCUGGACCAGUUUCGGUGUCGCUCUCCUACCUCAUAAAGCCUCUCUUAUAUAUAACUCUCCCACCAUACUGCAGUGGUGGCGUGACUGUCCAGCCGUCAUCAAGAAAGAAUACGGCCAUGAAGCCAUGGAUGGCGCUUCCCGUGCCGGUUUCGUCGAAGUUCUCGAUUGGUGGCUCAACUCUGGCCUUAAGCUCACCUAUACCGAAAAAGCCCUCGAAUCUGCUAGUGCAAAGGGCCACGUCCAAGUCUUGGAGUGGUGGCGUGUCAACUCGCUGAAGCUCGCCGGAACUCCAUCCGAGAUGCCCCUCAAAGUCGGCAAAUCCAUUCUCCUGGCUGCUCAAUCGGGCCGCACCAAUAGUAUCGAAUGGUGGGAGAAUAGCGGGAUCCCCUAUGCCCAUGAAGACGGUGUCGCCCGGCUCGCCUCACAACACGGCCACGUUCCCGUUUUGGAACUCUGGCACAGCUUCAAAGGCAGUAAAAUGAUUUUUGACAAUCAAGUCCUUGUCGGUGCCACCAAGAAUGGCCACGCCGACGUACUGCAGUGGUGGAAGGAAGUCAGCCGCCGCUCCGGUUUAAGAGUCGAGUACAAGACCUGUGAUAUUGAGGAAGCUAUGGAAGAUGCUGUGGGAGGCGGCGGCGAGUGUGAGGUCAGAGAGUGGUGGGGGCGCAACGGUCUCAAUCUUGGAGUCGGCACUGGCGAAUGGAUGCGUGUCAAGACCUUGUAGAUCGGGGGACUACUUCUACGAAGCAUGAAUGAACGAACCAACGAUGACGGCGUAUGUUUGUGUGAUUGUUUAAAUAUGGAGUCGACACCUCAGGUUGUCGUGCAACACCCCUGUGCGAUAAGUGAAUUGAGUCAUGAUAUUUAGCAGGCACAAAUUGAACGGAGGGCAAGGACCUGGAUAUACCAUACUGUAUUGACUCGGAUGUGAUGGAUGACGACAAAGGAUCAGAAUCUCCCUCUAGCUUCAUAAUUCGUCACUUAUCGCGUCUUCCAAUUGUAUAUGUAAUUAAUCAAUUUGA